GCUGAUUCAAGUUCAUAUGGAAAUCUUGAUAAAUGUACAUUGAACAUUGAAUCAUAAUCGUAAAUAAGUAAACAAAGCAAAGGUUUCCUCUACAGAGCUGCACCAUCUGCAUUCUCUUCAUAUAGGGUGUUUUGUUAAGAAAGAAGAUGGCGAAACAAACAGACAAACGUCAGGUACCUGUGGCCUUACAGAAAAUCCUCAAAGCCGAUGUGUAUAUUACAAAUACCCUUUGCAACAUGAUGGAGAAAUGUUUGCCUUUCCGAUCACUCAAAGUGCACUACAAACUUUUAGAGGUGUCGUGUGCAGGAUAUAUUUGGUUACCAGGAUGGUUAAUACUGAUUUGGCUGAUCUGGAAAAAAGAAUUAAUGGAAAUGCAAGUCAACUUUUAUAUUGGUUUGAUCACAGACAUUAUUGCAGUGGCUGUUUUGAAGGCAAUCUUCAGAAGACGUCGCCCUGCUGGUAACAAGCCAGACACGGUUAUGCAAAUCGGUCCUGAUGUCUAUUCCUUCCCGUCGGGUCAUGUAUCCAGAUCAUGUUACAUAGCCUACUUCUUUUUGGUGCUCUACCCUGUCCACUUCCUGUUCCGCAUGCCACUGCUGGCAUGGUUCGUGUCUGUGAGUGUCAGCAGGGUGCUGCUUCGGAGACACCACCUGCUGGAUGUCCUAGCGGGGUUGCUAUUAGGUUUCAUCAACAGUUUGCUCAUAGCAUUCCUCUGGCUCAGCGAGGACACAGCGGUCUACUUGGUCUCCUUCGUUUCAGAUGAACGGAUAGAAGGGGCUGACUACCAUGUCUAGAGCUGCCUUGACAAGACUGCCAUUAUUGCUUUGUCACUGAGUUUCAAAAUGAGCCAAUAUUAUUACGUUUCAGUUGGUUGGUAUAAAUGAAGUACCUAACAAUUUCUGAUUUUCAAAGCUUUAUAUUUUUGUAUCUUAUCUUAUGUUUGUCUUAUGUAAAUAAUCUUGUGUUUCCAGUUUUCAGCUAAGACAAUAAUUAGUGUCAAAUGAUAAAUAAGAACAACUUUUAAUCAUGGAAGUUUGCCAUUUUAUUCCUUAAAAAACUUGCUCACUAAACAUUUAAGUGCACUCACUGUUCCUGCAUUGCAUUCAAUUCAUGUUACAGUAUAUCAUACCAUUAAUUAUUAAAAUAUAAUUUUAGUUUAUUUGUAAAAGUGUUACUAGGAUUCAACUGAACUGAUAAGAUGAAGCAAUAAAAUGCUACAAAACCAUUUCUUUUUGUUCCAAUAUUUUGGUCACACAGAUUUGCUCCCAAGUAUGUGCUCCACAGACAUGAAAUAUACGAAAGAUAGUGGCUGACAAAAGAACAAUGUUUGCUCACAGAUACUGGCAUAGCAGCCAAUAUGUCCACUUGGAACAGUAAUAAAAACCUGUGCAAAGAUGUUUAAUUCAUAUUUUCUAAGAUAGCCUAUAUUUUCCAACAGGUGCAGAUUUAGAUUUUUAUACUGUUAUUUGUAAAUCUCUUUAUGUGUGUGCAUAAUUAUGUAAAUUAGCUUGUAUGUAUUGUUUGUUCUUUGUAACUAAAUCGUUUUAUAAUAAAGAAUACUACAUUACUAUAAAGGCUGCUUGGAAAAUUAAAAUAAAGUUUAUGUGAUUUUAUUCGCACAGUUCAUUAUAUGGUGUCAUAUGGCAACAAAACAAAUCAGACCAUUUCAGCAAAUAAUUUGAUGGUAUGAAAAUUAGUCGUGGUCUCAAUUAAGUUGCACAAGUUAUCAUAGGGUAAAAUAGUAAAUUAUAAAACAUUGUUUAGUGAUUAAAGCAUGUUUAUUAUUUUUAAAUUUAAACUAUUGUGCUAAAAACUGUUAACAUGCUCAUUGACAGAUAGCAAUGAGUUUAUUAUAAGGUAAAAUAUUAAUUUAUAAAACCUAGUUUAGUGAUUUAAGCAUGUUUAUUAUUUUUAAAUUUAAAUUAUUGUGCUAAAAACUGUAAAAAUGGUCAUUGCCAGAUAGCAAUGAAAAUGUAAAUUGAUUUUACUUUGGCAAAUAUAAACUUUACUUCAUUGAACAUCGAUGUUUCAACAAAUGAUCUUCUUUUUCUGAGACAGAGCCAUCACUCCCUUUGGUCCUUGUACUUUCUGAUAUAACCCCAAGCUACUCUUCAACAGUUCUCAUUUUGUUUCUGAUUGGCUUACUUUUAUUCUAAUAAUAGCAUGAUAUCUGUAUACAAUUAGUCGCAUUACUUACUGAUAUGGUAGUAUCAGUGCUAGAACUAAUCAGUAAAACACAAUUUUGUUAAGUUCAGAGAUAUCGCAAAGUUUCUACAAUCAGUGAAGAAAAACCAUUACAGUUUUCAAAUAACAGUUUGUGUAUUAUUGUUUAUCUUAACCUAUGGUAUGAUGACAGAGUGAUAAAACAUAUGAACACAAUGAUCAGCACACCAAACAUAAUGUUAAUGCAGAUUGUAAACUGCACUAGUAAUGGGAAAUGAGUUAUUGCAUUUCUCCAAAGGCUUUAAUAUUUCCAAAGGGUAAAGUUUUGAUUUAGAUGUUAUACCUCAGAAGCUUCAAGUUGUAUCUAAAGCUAUUAAGCAAGUAUUUUAGUGUGUGUGAUGCAAUUAGUGUUCUGUCCCAUGUCACUGAGUUUAAAAUUCAUCUUGGCAGACUGUACUUAUAAAAAAUAUGACGAAUGGAACCGUUCUUAAUUCAUGUGAAACCGCAAUACAUUCUUCUAAAAUGAUCUGUAUUUUUAAGUGAGUUUAAUUCUUUGUAUCUUUCAUUGACAUGCCAACAUUUUUUUUU